AUGCAACAACUUAACUGGAAAACAUGGUCUGCGAUGCCAUCACUCAAGGGAACAAACGGCAGCGAAUCUUUUCAUCGGCAGUCUCGUGCCGAGGUAGACGAAUACCAUAGACUGGACGAUGUCCUCUCGCUGCUGUUUCCUUCCACAGUUCGUGUGCAGCACUCACAUCCUAUUUUCGGCCACAUGCACUCAUUGCGGCGUCUGACGCUGUCGAAUGGAGCUCAUUUGUUGCUCAAGGGGUCUCCAUCAUCAAGGACCGCUCUCCUUCGACGUGAGCGGUCGUUCCUCGAAACUGAAGCCCAGUUCCUUUCCCUUCUAACGCAAAGUGCAAACCCUUGUAUCCCUCAGCUCUAUCAUUAUGAUCCCCACGGAAGACUCUGGGGAUCUGCCUACUUGAUCCGACAGUACAUGAAAGGGAAGAGUCUGUCAGAGAUGGAAGGCGAGCUCACCCCUCAGCAACGUGACGGUAUCGACCGCCACUUGGGCUUCUUAGUGAGCGCCAUCGGUCAAAAUGCGGCCCCUGGUUUUGGCUCUUUGCAGCAAGUGGCAUUUGGCGCUGGAAGAUCCUCCUGGCGAGAGGCCUUCUGCGCUCUGUUUGAAGGCAUUCUUCGCGAUGCCGAGGACAUGUUCAUCCACCUUCCUUACUCGGAGAUCCGACAUGAACUCAGUCGCCUGGCACCUGCUCUUGAAGAUGUUUCGCUGCCACGUCUUGUGGUCGUGGACUUUGGUCGACCCUGCCACGUUUUGGUGAACGAAGAGUCUGGACAGCUAUCUGGUAUUGUGGACUUCAGCAGUGCCGUGUGGGGUGAUGUGUUGAUGGCAGAGAUUUUUGCGAAUGCAUCCCCUGCAGUCUUACAGGGAGCAGGGAUGGCGAUGUCCAGGACAAGGGAGGAAAAUAUCCGGCUGGUGUUAUAUGGGUGCUACCGGCUGGUGUCCCAAAUCACUGUGCAAUAUUAUCGAAACCGAGACGAGACGAGCGAAUUUGAUGCGCGGAGACGAUUGACAACCACGAUUGAGGAAAUGACGAGGCUUAAACUGGCAUAA